UUACGGCUUUCGUUUCUAGGCAACAGGACGCCUUAUACCUGCUGCAGUGCGACAUCGGAGGCAACUUCGCUGAAGAAUCGGCCAGCUUUCUAUUAAUUGAUUUGCAUUUACCCCUUUCCAUAAAUGUACAUCAUUAGAUUUUAUUUCGAUAUAUUCCUGUGUAGCCGUUUGUUUUUCCGCGUGCCUGAACGAAAAAAAUACGUCCGUGACGCCGAAAUAUUUAUGCUAGCUGCUUUUUUUAGGCUAAUGCUGCCUUCGUGGAACAUCAGAAAUACAAAAUUUCAGCAGUCCACUUUAAAGUUUCUGUAGUCCAAUCAAUUUACCGUUUAAAUACAUACUGUAGUCUUCUGUUAAUAUUGUAAUUAUUGACAGUAUUUAAGACAAACCACCCAUUUUGAAGUGUGCUGACAUGAACGCCUCACUAGUUGCGUCUUUGCUUCGCUAGUUGGUAGAGAAAAUUACGAGCUUCGCCUGAAGGCAGCAGAUGCUGUCCCGUCCCGCAAAGUUAGCUAGCCUUAGCAACCUAUGGGAUUACAGCGCAGCAUCAUUCUCACGCAAUGACCCCAAAUAUUACCACACUUCCUUGACUCCACGGGACCAGCGUGAGGAAUAUCACCCGAACCGGAUAAGUAUGCAUCACUGUGGCUGUUCGAAGAUGAGGCGCUUCUGUUCGGACAACAAUAACUUUCCUUAUGACAACAACAUCCUGGUGUUGGACAUGGUUCUGGGCUCUCUGUGGGAUGUGGUCCAGCCCAUAAACUGGGACAAUGUUGCCAAGCUGGUUCCAGGCUUCACCCCCAAAGAGUGUUCCAGUCGCUUUGAGGAGCUGAAGAGCUCUGGGGCGUUUCCACAUGUGGACUAUCAGUGUAACACCUUAACUGAAGGACGCACACCAGCUCCGGAUGCUGCGUCCACGCUGCUGAACACGGAGGCCAUGAUUGAGAGAGAUGGAAGCAGCCAGAGCAAAAUACCAGGUGGGAGGUCGAUCCCCUCAGGAAGGGGCAAUCCUGUGGAGAAGGAAAAACGAGCCUCUGCGGCGGAGGACAAGCCCCAAAAGCCUGGAGAUCCCAACAUGGUGAUCCACGUGUGUGACGAGACCAAGAACCUGAAGCAGGACUUCACGUGCCCCAGAGAUCUUCUGGUCAAAGAGAUGCGUUACUUUGCCGAGUAUCUGUCUGUGGACCCGCAGAGGUGGGAGGAAGUGGACAUCUCAGUCCACUGUGACGUCCAGAUCUUUGACUGGCUCAUGAACUACGUGAGGAGGAACUCUGCCGGAGAGGGGAACCGGGACAAGCCUCGGCUGGAACCCAGCAAUGUCAUCUCCAUCCUGAUCUCCUCCGAGUUCUUGAAGAUGGAUACGUUAGUGGACGAGUGCAUCCAGUACUGCCACAAACACAUGAGCGCCAUCGUGGCCACGCCCUGCAACAUGAACUGCAUCAACAGCAACCUGACCGCGCUGAUCGCCGAGCUCUUCAACCACAACGAGGCCGACGACAUCCGGGACAAAAAGGACAAGUUCAAGAGCAAACUGUUUCAGAAGAAAAUUGAGUGUCUCUUCGACCCACACAGUCGGAGCAAGGAUUCUCCGGGGAACGCCUCCUCUCUGUACAGGUGUGGACUGUGUCUUAAGCUGCUGACCAAAGACACAGAGAGGAGCAUCUCCUGUGUUCCAGGAAAAAUCAACGUGGACGCUCGAGGAGAAAUCGUCUACACACACUCCAGGCAGAAGAGCUGGGACGUCCACGAAUACAUCACGGGUCUCUACGAGGAGCUCAAGUCCUGGGUCUCGGUUUACUGGAGGAUCUGGGGAACCAUCAACCACCUGACCUGCUCUCGGUGUCAGCAGGUGUUUGUGUGUGCAGAGCUGACCCGCUGCAGGUACCACCCGGACAGCGUGCUGUACCCGGGGGCAGGGGCAGACAGAGGGUGGCAUGGGGCGGGGGUUUACCCCUGCUGCAGGAAGAGGGUCCUCCGCUUCGACCCAACAGGAACGCCAAAGGGCUGUAAGAUGCGGGACCACAUUGUGAGCGUCCCCAGCGAGGAGAACUGCGACGAGGCCACGUCAGCGCAGAUCCGAGUGCUGAACGAUCUGCUGCUGCACAGAGACGCCGUGUGUCUGUCCAACUCUUCACCUGUGGACAGCGAGGACAGCCCCUCAGGAUCCGAGAAGGUCCAGGACUGUGACUUUCUGCUGGAGCCGACGCUCCUGGGACCUCUGAGGGGAGACGGCAGCUCCUUUUCCCUUUUGAAAAACUGGAGUCUCCAGCUGAAGCAGCAGUCUCUGUUGUCGGAGGACGAGGACUACACCACGGGGUCAGAGGUCACAGAGGACGAGGUCGGGGACGAAGAAGAGCAGUCUAAGAAACAAGCUGCUAAGAAGGCCAAGAGAGGUCAGCGACCUCUGAAGAAGCAGCUGUCCUCUCCCAACUUCCAUCGCAAAGAGAAACCAGAGAAGUCGCAGGGCAGAGACAGCACGCCCUUCACAGUCAGCAUCCAGAAGAGCAAGUGGGACAUCUCGCGCUCUCUGCGCUACAACCAGGACGCGCAGAGGGAAGAAGACCAGCGGCGCAUGGUGGAGAUCAUCGGUCACCUGACCAGGAUGAGGUUUGGAGAUCAGGAGCCGAGUAAAUCCAAGGACACAAAGGAGCCUUCAGGGGGAAUCUACGCCCGGCUCGAAACGCAGUUCAAGAGCUCGUCCCAAGCCAGGCAGAGCGUCGAGAAGACACCCAGGCCCAAAAUGCGCUUCGCUCAAGUCCGGACGACGUAAGGAGAACUCCUUCAGUCUCUCGUCCCAGCAGUGAUGGGUCACGUCACCCCCCCACAGCACAGAUCUGUUUGUGCAGCAGAACCACGGCUCCAGGGAACUUUAGCUUUUCACCUCUUAACAGAUUUCUGCAAGUCAAAGAGAGAAAACUACUGACAGGUUAAUGAUUGGAAGUUUAUUUCAAAAUAAAAGCCCCUGUUCUCUCUUUUAUUAGCAGAAACAGCCUCUGCAGCUGUCAGACUUUCUUUACUCGCUUGUUUGGAAAGCGAUCACUUAAACUCGGAGUUUCAGGCCAUCAGAACCGCACAUCCUCCUCCGGUUCUGUAUUCAUCCUGCUUCAGUGUUCUCCUGUAGGUCUGCAUUGUGACUGUGUGACACUGGGACCAGUUAAACAGAUGCAACCCAGCUGCUGUUCCCGUUUCCUCCACUAGAUGGCAGACAAUAACCUUGAGGGGGGGUCACUGGGUUCUGAACAAUCCCCUUUGCCCCAGUUUGAACAUGACCUGCCCCCCCCCAGCUCUAAUACUUAUGGUGGUGGCCAGGACUCGGACCCGAGCUCCAACCUUCAGUUCACAGAAACCAUGAGAGGGUUGCUGGGGGGUAGAGUGUGAAGGUGGGGGUUACCCAGCUGUUCCCGCUUUCUCCUCAACAGCAGAUACCGAGAAGGAUUGGGGCUCUGUCAGGAAGGGGGUCCAGUUACAGCCGGACCCGGAGGGAAGGCUGAAUACACCAAACAAACAUCCAGUGACUGACGGAGGCGCCCAGUCGCCGUGGAAACCCCCCCAAAGUUGGUUUCCACAGGAAGUGCCGAGUCAGAAAAAUGUAUACCCAAAACCUUCUAAAUUUAUGCAUCAGGAUGACGCGCUGAAGCCGCAGCGCCUCAUUCCUCUGCCUGAAAGCGGUCGUAUCCUUGAAUGUGAGAGCGGCGCGUUAGCCGGGAUUACUGGCAGCGUCGCGUUUCACGCCGUGAAGCGAGGCCAAACUUCUGAGCGGAAGUGAGUGGACGCCGUCUCGGGUUUAUGACAGGUGCUUCUCAUCCUCAGACGGGUUCUACAGGGAUUCACGGGUUUGGUGCUGAGAGAAAUGCAGGAGCUGCACUGCUGGACAGACGCUGCUGCAGGAAACACUCAAACAUUCAUUUAAUCAAACUGACAUAAACAAGCUGUUAUUUAAUUAUAAAAACAGUUUUCAUGAAGGGAGUGAAGUGAAAAAAGACCGAACUUUUAUUAUGAAAAUGUGUUUUUUUUUUCCAUUUAACUCGGGGGCUCUGGGUCACAUGUGGCCCUUUACCAUAUCACAUAAAUGCAAAGAUUUUUUCAUCCCUGCUAACUUUCACUCUACACUUCCUCCAGAAUGCACAGAUUUUAAACACUAAAAUUUGCUUCUCUGUUUCUCUAGUUUAUUUUACAAGUUUUAGGCUUAUAUCUUACUUUUUCUACUGGACCAUAACCAAUUAAUUCAUGUUUAUGUUCAGGUUAACGGCAACAGUAAAAAGGAUAACGGCAUCAAUAGUUUUUCCUCCCACUCCCCUUCAACUUUCAUGCAUUGUUUAUGCAUCAUAUCUGUUAAAUAAGUGUUACACAAGCUUGUAAUAAAUCACACAACUCAAAUAAAUCAAAUCAAAUUGAAGUAUAACA